AUGGAGCACUCACCCAAGCCUCCAAGUCGACCUCGAUAUGCUGCCAUGAGAGACGAUCAGGAACGUGAUGACCAAGGAGAAAGGGCUCUUGAUGAGCAAGUCGAAAGAAGUCCAGAAGAGAUCGAAGUCCUCGACCGAGGACAAGGGAUUAUAGCCCCGAGUCUGCUUCAAGGAAGCACGGUCGACACCCCUCACGGGGACGACGCCAAACAUCGCCUCGCCAUCACAUACGGACUUCAAAAUCCCCAAUGCGAUCACGCCUCAGAUCCCCAGCAGAAUCAGAAUCAGGCUCCCGGCGUGCAGAUAGAGAAGGAGGGCCCGGGCAACAGUCACAGAGUCGGUCACCUAUGUCAGAGUAUCGAACAUCUUCGGCGCGGCGAGUUCAGCCGUUACCUAUUGAGGGCCAACGUGAACCAGACUAUGAACAACAGUCCUCGCGGCGACAGCAUCCGCCAAGGUCACCUCACGUUAGCAAAGAACGGCGAUCUCGAGAGGGAUCACCUGGCUGGCGCCACUCUUCAAGGUCUCAUCCUCAAGGAAGUAACUAUGGCCCACCAAGCGGGCCCUCAAGUCAAUAUCACCCCAAUCCCUCACGAUCCCCUCCACAUUCUGCCCCUACUGGACCUAUGCAGCAGUAUCCUCAAGGAGGAAGCUAUCGCGGAGGUUAUCGAGGUGGCGGCUUUCGGGGCGGCUCUUUUGGCAACCGAGGUAGAGGUGGUUUUAAAAAUUCCCACUGGAACCAAGGCCCUCCCCAACGGGGGCAUCAUGACGACUUGGGCAACGGAAGCACCAAAGCCCGAAAUAUCUCAAAAACUAAACGCCGCUCCCCGAAGAGAUGCUCAAAAGGACAGCCGAGACAAUGACCGUGACCGCAGUCGGGAUCACGAUCGAGAAAGAGAAAGAGACAGGGACAGGGACAGAGAAAGGGAAAGGGAAAGAGAGAGGGAAAGAGAACGAGAAAAGGGCAGAGAGAGGGACAGGGAUCGAGAGCCUCCACGAAGUGCGCCCACAGAACCAGCAUCAUCGCGAUCACGACAUGAUCGCCGCCAGCCUCCGGAGGGCCCAAGGGUAACGCCUCGAAUGCGCAAAGUGAAGAAGAUGAUGAAGCGGCCAAAGCCAAGACCGACUCUCCCGGCCGAUUUGGUGGAUUCGGAGUCUGUUUUCUUCAGGAAACCUGGCAAUGAGUCCGUCGUUGGCUCCGGCACUUAUGGUAAGGUCUUCAAAGGGUUGAAUGUCUACACCAAAGGAAUGGUCGCUCUAAAGAAAAUCCGCAUGGAGGGUGAACGUGAUGGCUUCCCUGUUACGGCUGUGAGGGAAAUUAAGCUCCUUCAGUCGCUCAGACACGUCAACAUUGUGAACCUCCAGGAAGUUAUGGUCGAGAAGAACGACUGCUUCAUGGUGUUCGAGUACCUAUCGCACGAUCUCACAGGACUAUUGAAUCACCCGACUUUCAAGCUGGAGGCUGCACAGAAAAAGGACCUUGCCAAGCAAAUGUUUGAGGGAUUGGACUAUUUGCACACAAGGGGAGUCCUCCAUCGUGAUAUCAAAGCGGCAAAUAUUCUCGUGAGUAACGAAGGAGUGCUCAAGAUCGCAGAUUUCGGUCUUGCUCGUUUCUACGCCAAACGUCACCAGCUAGACUACACCAACCGAGUCAUCACUAUCUGGUAUCGCUCGCCUGAGCUUUUGCUGGGCGAAACCAAAUAUACUGCUGCCGUCGAUGUCUGGAGCGCAGCAUGCGUCAUGGUUGAAAUAUUCGACCGAAAUGCCAUCUUUCCCGGAGAUGGUACUGAGUUCAACCAACUGGAGAAGGUCUACAACGUUAUGGGUACACCGAACUUGAAAGAUUGGCCAGGCCUGGUUGAAAUGCCUUGGUUCGAGCUCAUGCGGCCGACUGUCAAGAAGAAGAACAUCUUUGAAGAAAAGUACCGCGAGAAGAUGUCUCCAGCAGCUUUUGAGUUGCUAUCUGUCAUGUUUCAUUACGACCCCGUCAAACGACCCAGCGCUUCCGAAGUACUUCAACAUACCUACUUUACUAAGGAAGAGCCACCAGCUCGGCAAGCCACAGAACUCUCUACUCAUAACGACUGGCAUGAAUUCGAGUCAAAAGCUCUCCGAAAGGAAAAUGACCGACGUGAAAGGGAGGCCCGAAAGCUGGCCAAAGAAGGUGCCAGCAGGGAUGCGGAUAAGGAUAAAGACAAGAAACGCGUCAACGAAGGAAUCGACCAGCCAGACGCAAAGCGGGUACAGGUUGACAAGAAUGGUGGAAAUAAGCCUACACCGGCAGUGACCUCGUCAAAGCCCACUGAGGCAUAG